GAAAUGUGUUACGUGUGUGUGUUUAUAAAAAGAUUUUACGGUGAUGAGAUUGCGUUUUUCUGGGUGUUGAGAAAAAACAAGAGAUUUAGGCAAUGGAUAUCAAUUGCAACGAAAAUCAGUUGAAUGAGAAACGCCAACUAGUAAUAAGAUUCAUAUCAUUUGGGAUCCCUUAAAAUUUAUUUUAUAUUUGUUUUUUAUAUUCCUUUUAUGUUCAGGUGAUGAAUGGUGCAUUGUAUGGGCUUGAAUUGUAUGAUAAUGAUGGGUGUUAAAAAGGCAUGCAAAUCGUUUUUCUCCAAACAUCAUUUUGGCAAGAAAUCACACCACAAACAACUGCAGGUUGACGGAAAUUCCAAAGGAGACGGUGGUGAUGAAACGGAAGAUACUAUUUCCCCUAAAGUCAGCAUUCCAAAACUUGCAAGAAAUGCAAGUACCGGUUUCCUGCCAUCCUCGCUCCCAAAAACAAAAAGCCAGAGAAGGAGCAAAACUCCUUGUCGGGUAAGGCCUGUGAAUAGCUUGCUUAGAAGCUUUAGCCGGAAGAGUAUGGAUUCAGACUCAUUCCAUACCGCUCCUCAUCUUUCUAGAAGAAACAGUUCAACCAUCAUAUAUUCCAAUGCUAAUGGACUUCGAAAACCACCUGAUGUGGUGAAACGACUUGAGUGCACACUUGAAGAGUUGUGCUUUGGUUGCAUCAAAAAUUGCAAUAUCAAACGUGAUGUACUUACAAACGACGGACAGAUUAUACAAGAGGAUCAAGUGCUAACGAUAAAAGUGAAGCCAGGAUGGAAGAAAGGAACAAAAGUCACCUUUGAGGGUAUGGGAAACGAGACACCAGGAAAAUUUGCUGCAGAUAUUACCUUUGUGGUUGACGAGAAACGACAUUCUAUUUUUAAAAGAAAUGGGGAUGAUUUAGAAGUUACAAUUGAAGUUCCUUUAGUAGACGCAUUGACUGGUUGCACAAUUACCAUACCUCUUUUAGGUGGGCAGGAAUCAUGUUUAACUAUUGAAGAGAUAAUCACCCCUGGCUACAGAAAAACCAUUGAAAAACAAGGCAUGGCUUUGCCAAAAGAAGGAGCAAGAGGAAACUUAAACAUCAAAUUCUUGGUUCAGUUUCCACAGCACCUUACAGAAGAACAAAGAUUAGAAUGUUUUAAUAUCUUACAAGAUUCAUGCUAACUGAUUACUGAUGGGUUUUGGUAGAGCUGGCAGUUUUACCAGUCCAUGCACAUGGGCUUUGUUAAUCUUAAACUAGUCA